CUCUUCGCCCGACGCUGCGCACGACACGCCGUACACGUCCCGAUCCCUCGAAAUCCGGAGAAUUUAUACAUUGGCGAAUGUGAUAGGGUGACUUAGCCACGGAUUGACCUCGCACACGGUGCCGCGCGGGCAAAAAUGGCCGACGAACAGGCGAAUCGCCCGCACAGGAAGAGCAAGGAGAAGAAGGCGCCCUCCGGGGACAGGAACCCAAAGGCUUUUGCCGUGGCUAGACCUGGGCGAGCGAUUCGUCAGGCUGCCAGGACUAGCGAUAUCAAGGAGAAGAGGUUUCAUGUCCCGCUCGUGGAUCGCCUGCCAGAGGAAGCGCCGCCUAUAAUCGUGGGCGUCGUUGGUCCUCCGGGCGUCGGUAAGACGACACUCAUAAAAUCGCUUAUCCGACGAUAUACGAAACAGACACUAUCCCAUCCGACCGGUCCUCUCACAGUCGUAACGAGCAAACGAAGACGGUUGACGUUCAUCGAGUGUCCCGCCGACUCGCUCUCCAGCAUGAUCGAUAUCGCGAAAGUGGUGGAUAUUGUCCUGCUCAUGAUUGACGGGAACUACGGGUUCGAAAUGGAGACGAUGGAAUUCCUAAACGUUCUCGCCAGCUCAGGAAUGCCUGGCAACGUGUUUGGGAUUCUUACGCAUCUCGAUUUGUUCCGCAGACAAGACGCUCUAAAAAUGCAGAAGAAACGACUCAAGCAUCGGUUCUGGAGCGAGUUAUAUCAGGGCGCCAAACUGUUCUAUCUGUCCGGGGUCGUCAAUGGACGUUACCCUGACAGGGAGAUCAUGAACAUGUCACGGUUUCUCUCCGUUAUGAAGAACCCCAGACCCUUGGUGUGGCGCAAUUCACACCCGUACUGUCUUGCAGACCGGUUCUUGGAUAUAACACCGCCCACCGAGAUUGAACAAAAUGAGAAAUGCGACAGGAAAAUUGCCCUUUAUGGCUACCUAAGAGGCACAAACUUCCCCGCUCAAGGAUCGCGAGUCCACGUUCCUGGCGUUGGUGAUUUAAGUGUCUCAUCGACGGAGGCAUUGCCUGACCCCUGCCCGACUCCCUAUCAAGAGAAGGAGAUGGAGAAGCGCGGCAAAAAGAAGAGGACGCGACUAGGCGAGAAGCAGAAGAUUCUAUUUGCGCCUAUGUCUGACGUGGGCGGCGUCCUUGUAGAUCAAGAUGCGGUCUAUGUGGAUGUGAAAACGUCAACUUUCAACGAGGACGACGGUCCGCAAGAGCGUGGUUUAGGCGAGCAGAUGAUGCUCGGCCUUCAAGGUGGGAGACGUUUACUUGGCGUAGGCGAUAGCGGUAUGCGACUCUUCAGCGGCGGAGAGCUUGUCACUGGUGCGAUCGAAGAUGGGUCCGGGGACUCUGGACGAAAAGGACAACGCCAUGCAAGGAUGGCAGACCAUCAAGAGGUCGACGAAGCUGAUCUGAAAGAUGUCGACACCGACGACGAGGACCUCGGCGAGCAGGAGGGUGACGAGGACGAUGCAGGUUUCCUCGAGGAUGGCAUCUCGAACGAAGAACCCACUGUCGCGCGCCGGAGAGACUCAGAUCGUGAGAGGACAUUGAUAGAGGAUAUUGCCUUCGCCGAUAGUGAUUCGGAUAUCGGCUCGAUAUCGGGAGAAGAGCUGGAUCUUGACGAUCUUGACGAUCUUGACGAUGGUGAACUGGGUUCGGAAGUAGACGAUGAGGAUGAGGGGGCUGUCAGAUGGAAGGCGAACUUAGCAGAACACGCAAGAGCGAUGCACGACCGAAGACGACCGUACAAGACCUCUAACCUGGCACGGAUGAUGUACGAUCUCACUCUCUCUCCUGCCGAGGUCGUCUCGAAGUGGCGUGGAGAUGCAGAAGUGUCCGAAGAAGAGAAAGAGGAAGAGGCAGAAGUUUUCUUUCGGAAGUCAAAAAUUGGAGACGCUGCAAAUGCUGAGGAUCGCUCCAUACCUAUCCUUGACUACGUUGCGUUGGAAGAGAAGUUUGAAGACGAGAACACUAUCGAGCAACUGAGGAGCAGAUUCGCUUCAGGGCAUAUGUCCGGCAAAGGGAGCGAUAACGAAGAAGAUGAUGAAUAUGAAUUUGAAGGCUUCGAUAGAAAUGACGAUGAGGGCGAUGGCGAGUUCGAGGACCUGGAAACCGGCCAAAGUUUCGGUGGAAAGGAGAAAAAGAGUGGUACCAAGGUCGACGCCAAGGACAUAGCCCAAGAACGUGAACGCAACGCCAAACGGAAGGAGGAACUAAAGCUCCGGUUUGAAGAGGAGGAUCGCGAAGGCUUCAUGAACGAUAAGGCAAACGCACGACAGGAAGCCGGAGAGGGAGAGGAGUUUGGCGAAGAUGACUGGUAUGAUGCCCAAAAGGCGGCACUGCAAAGGCAGCUUGACAUAAACAAAGCCGAGUUCGACCAGCUAGAUGCGGCCUCACGUAUCCGUGUGGAAGGGUUAAAAGCUGGCACCUAUGCUCGCAUAGUGCUCGAGAACGUUCCUGCGGAGUUCAGCGUCAACUUCGAUCCCCGCUUCCCCGUUAUUGUAGGCGGUCUUAGUCCUACGGAGGAACGCUUUGGCUACGUCCAGGUGCGGAUAAAGCGACAUCGCUGGCACAAGAAGAUUCUCAAGACCAAUGACCCCCUCAUCCUUUCGCUCGGCUGGCGGCGGUUUCAGACAACACCUCUAUACAGCAUAUCCGACAGUCGUACGAGAAAUAGAAUGCUGAAAUACACGCCAGAACAUAUGCACUGUUUUGGCACUUUCUGGGGACCGCUCGUUGCACCCAAUACCGGCUUUGUGGCAGUCCAGUCUCUCUCAAAUAAGAAUCCCGGUUUUCGAAUAGCAGCCACGGGCGUAGUCCUCGCGGUAGAUGAGAGUUUGGAGAUUGUAAAAAAGUUAAAACUGACAGGUCAUCCCUACAAGAUCUUUAAGAACACAGCCUUCAUUAAGGAUAUGUUCCAGAGUGCACUUGAGGUGGCAAAGUUCGAGGGUGCCUCGAUCCGCACCGUCUCCGGUGUACGCGGACAGAUCAAGCGGGCAUUGAGCAAGCCCGAGGGAAAUUACAGAGCGACUUUCGAGGAUAAAAUUUUGAUGUCGGAUGUCAUCUUCUUACGAGCUUGGUUUCCUGUCAAGCCGCACCGCUUCUACAACCCCGUUACCAACUUGCUUGAAAGGCCCGCAGAAGCCGACGAAGGGGAGUCCACAGGCUGGAAAGGCAUGCGUCUGACCGGACAGGUGCGGCACGAACAAGGCUUACCCACCCCCUCUCUCAAGAACUCUGCCUAUCGCCCCAUCGUCCGCGAAGCACGGCACUUCAACCCACUCCGCGUGCCGCGCAAACUCGCCGCCGACCUACCCUUCAAAUCACAAAUCGCGCAGAUGAAACCCCAGUCUAAGUCAACGUACCUGCAGAAGCGUGCGGUAGUGCUGGGAGGCGAGGAGAAGAAGGCCAGGCGUCUGAUGAAUCAGGUCAUGACGAUCAGGAACGAGAAAGUAGAAAAGAGGCGUAAAAAGCAGGAGGAGCGGAAAGAGCCGUAUAAGAUGAAGGUGGCAGAGAAUGCCGAGAAGAAGGCUGAGCGCGAGAAGAGGGAGAAGCAGGAAUUCUGGCGAAACGAGGGAAAGAAGAGGAGAUAUCAGCAGGAUGAGGUAGAUAGCGGUAGCCGCGGGAAGAGAAGGAAGUGAGCAAGGGUGGAGAGAACCAUGGGUGAAUCUUAUGAAUAUGAAUUCUCUGUAACACCGGGAUAUAUCGAAUGGCACAGCUUCCCCAAAUUUAGCAGAAUACGGCGCCGCUCAGCCCCGCGAUAAGGCUACUUAUUGAAAUUAAAC